AGGGGUCUCAUGCCACGAACACUGGACAGUCAGAUCACGCUGGAGAAGACCCCCAGCUACUUUGUCACAAGGGAGGCGCCCCGCCGCAUCUCCAGCAUGUCCCAUCAGACCAAACUGAUCGUGGUGGUGCGCAACCCAGUCACCCGGGCCAUCUCGGACUACACGCAGACUCUAUCAAAGAAGCCCGACAUCCCCACCUUUGAAGAUCUGGCCUUUAAGAACAGGAGCCUGGGCGUCGUGGACACCUCGUGGAACGCCAUCCGAAUCGGCAUGUACAUUCUACACCUGGAGAACUGGCUGCGCUAUUUCCACCUCUCACAGAUGCACUUUGUGAGCGGCGAACGCCUCAUCACGGACCCGGCGGGCGAGAUGGGUCGCGUUCAGGACUUCCUGGGACUCAAGAGGAUCAUCUCAGACAAGCACUUUUACUUCAACAGGACCAAGGGUUUCCCGUGUCUGAAGAAGCCGGAGAGCAGCGGGCAGCCUCGCUGCUUGGGGAAGUCCAAGGGCAGAACUCACGUACAAAUAGAGCAGGAGGUUAUUGAGCAGCUGCAGGAGUUUUAUAGACCCUUCAACAUCAAAUUCUUUGAAACAGUCGGACGGGACUUCAAGUGGGAUUGAACAGAAACUUCUACUUGGGCAAGUAUGAAUACUUUGACUUGAAACCUCUUAAAAUUUAUUGGAA